UACGUGUUUGGCAACUUUGUUGUAUUUAUUGUUCUGUUCCAUGAUAGCAGACAGCGUGCAAUGCUGACAAAUAUAUGACUCUGUUUAUUUUAUUUAUUCUCAUUUUCCUGGAUGACGUUGAUGAUAAUUAUUUAUUUUUUUAAACCUCUUACUUAUACUUAUCAAAAUUAUCGUUCCUUUAUUAUCUAUUUUUAAACUGUCAGAAUGGAUGAUGAGAAUGGAACAGCAAGGGAUCCAAAAGUUAUCACUUGUCAACCAUCUAAUGUGUUAGAUUAUGACAUCGAAGAUCACCGAGCUUGCACUGUUUACAUAGGAUAUCAUGUUCCAGCUUACAGAAAAAAAGGCCCUCAUAAAAGAUAUCAUCGUCACCAUCACAAACCUGCACAUAGUACCAGUGUAGAAUGUGAUCCAGAAGCUAAUAAAUCUGUAAGUUUACCAUCUGAAAGAGUCCAUUUUAUAUUGGGCGAAGAUGAAGAUGGCAGCCAUGAGCCUCAUCCCUUAUUUAGUGAAAUGGGAGAAUUGUUUCAAAAGGGUGAUGAAAUUGAGUGGAGAGAAACUGCUCGUUGGAUAAAGUUUGAAGAAGAUGUAGAGGAAGGUGGUAAUCGCUGGUCUAAACCUCAUGUUGCUACUGUGUCGCUUCAUUCACUCUUUGAAUUGAGAAGUUGUCUUACAAAUGGCUCAAUCUUAUUAGAUUUAGAUGCUCAUAAUUUAGAUCAAAUUUCAGAUUCAAUUUUGGAUAAUCUUGAAUCAAAUCAAAUGAUUCCAUCUGAUGUUAAACAGAGUAUUAAAGACAUUCUUUUACGUCCCCACCGGCAUCUUCAUGAGAUUCGUCAUGACUGGAGUGAAAAAAGUUCCCGUGUUUCUCUCAUGAGAUCUUGGACUGAUGGAGGUACAGGGGCAUCUAAAAUCACCUCUCAUAAUGUUCUAUCAUUUUGGACUUCUUUUGCUCCACAUACAACCUCUGUUGUGGAGGAAAAGACCACUGCUGAUGCCGCAUCUGCUAGCACUGGAAUGCUCUGUGAUACUAUUACGACUUCUUUAUAUUGUCGAGCUUUGUCUCAAGCUAAGACAGCAUCUCCUGAAGAAUCUGCAUCUGAAAAUUGUUUAUACAAACUCAAUCAAGCUUUCAUGAAGAAAAUACCUUCCGGAGCAGAGGCGUCAAAUUUAUUAAUUGGAGAAGUAGAUUUUCUUCAAAAAACGACGUUUUCGUUUGUGCGUCUGAAUGAAAGUUGUCAUCUUGGUGAUCUUACUGAAGUGCCAGUUCCUACUAGAUUUCUUUUUGUUCUUCUUGGACCUACAGGAGAAGGAAUUAAAUACCACGAAAUCGGAAGAGCCAUGGCUGCCCUUUUAUCAGAUGAAGUAUUUCAUAACGUGGCUUAUAAAGCAAGAAAUCGUGAUGAUCUACUUGCUGGAGUGGAUGAGUUUUUAGAUGCUACCACCGUCUUGCCACCUGGAGUUUGGGACCCGAGAACAAGAAUCGAACCACCUCUGACAACUGCAUCUCAAGAUGCUAGAAAAAAACCUGAAAGUGCAGAAAAGGAAUGUGAACAUGAAGAUAUUAGUGAUAAUAUGAUUUCCUAUGACGGUCAAGAUGCUUCAUGUAAUGAAAAGUUUUUUGAAGGACUAAGGGCUGAUAUUCGCUGCAAAUCAUCUUGGUAUUUAAGUGAUUUCAAAGACUGCAUAUCUUUACAAUGCAUUUCCUCUGUGGUGUUUCUAUACUUUGUCUGUAUUUCUCAAAUCGUUUUAUUUGGGGGUGCACUUGGUUCUGUUACUAAACAAAGAAUAGCAGCUACAGAGUGCUUAAUAUCAGCUUUUAUUUGUGGUGUUACAUACAGUUUAACCAGUGGUCAGCCUCUAACAUUACUAGGUGUUACAGGCCCUGUUCUUGCAUUUGAAAGUCUAGUUUUUGAGAUUUGCGAAUUAUACUCAAUAAAUUAUCUCCCGUUCCGGGUAUGGAUAGGUAUCUGGACCUCUAUUUAUUUGUUUAUAUUUGUUGCUUUUAAUAUGGCAUCUCUUGUUCGUUACAUCACUCGAUUUACUGAAGAAAUAUUCGCUUUUAUGGUUUCCUGCUAUUUUAUUUAUAAAGCUUUUAAAAAUCUAAUACUGAUUGGCAAGAAAUUCCCCAUUAUAACAAAAUACACACCUUAUAAUCCAAUGUGCAUCUGUAUUCUGCAAUCACCUGUGAAUUUCAGUAUUAACACUGAAGAACGGUGCCAAUAUCUGAAUGGAAUAUCUGCACCAUUUGGUUGUAGCUAUACACCAACUUUAUAUGUGCCUAAUAUUUUUCUGAUGUCCAUAAUGUUGUUUAGUGGCACUCUUUGUCUUAUCCUUUUACUGAGGAAAUUCAAGAAUAUGCCUUAUUUUCGUUCUAAGGUUCGAACAGUCAUAUCAGAAUUUUCUGUACUUAUUGCAGUAAUCUUUAUGACUGGGUUUGAUUUGCUUGCUGGUUUUGCCACUCCAAAAUUGGAAGUACCAGAUACAUUUCAGCCAUCUUGGCAUGAAAGGGAGUGGCUUGUUCCAUUUUUUGGUGAAAAUGCAUGGUGGUCAGCUUUACUAGCGAUGCUUCCAGCUUUAUUAUUGACUCUCUUAAUUUUCAUGGAUCAGCAAAUAACGUCAGUCAUUGUUAAUAGAAAAGAAAAUAAGUUGAAGAAAGGGCGAGGAUACCAUUUAGAUCUUUUCAUAGUAACUAUCUUAAUUGCUGUAUGCUCAAUACUUGGGUUGCCAUGGUUUGUUGCUGGCACUGUGCUUUCUAUGACACAUGUAAAUUCUCUGAGGAUAUUCUGUCCUGGCACUGCACCUGGUGAAAAAGCACACUUUUUGGGUAUAAGGGAACAAAGAGUGACACACUUUUGUAUAUUUGUACUUGUUGGAAUAUCAGUUUUCUUAACAAAAGUUCUGCAGCUGAUUCCAAUGCCUGUGUUUUAUGGAAUUUUCUUGUUUAUGGGUGUAACCUCUUUAAAUGGUUUACAGUUUGUUGAUAGAAUCCAAUUAUUCUUGAUGCCAGAAAAAUAUCAGCCUGACUACAGCUAUGUACGCUUUGCUCCUAUAAGACUUAUUGCAGCUUACACUGUCCUGCAGUUUUUACUCUGUGUUAUCCUGUUUACUUGUAAAUUGUUUAGAUAUACUGCAUUUGCUUUUCCAGUUUUGCUUGUAGCUGUUAUUUUUUGUAGAAAAGGACUUAGUUAUGUGUAUGAUAAGAGACAAUUGAAGCUAUUAGAUGAUGAGAUGCCAGAAAGGUCUAUCUUCAAGAAAAAUGAUAGCUCAAUUAGCCAGAGUGAGCAUUCAGAAAAAGAAAAAUCCCAAGAAAAUGUUGUAAAAAGUCGACAAAAUAGCCAUGCUAAUAUUAAUAUUUCUGAAGUCCUGAUGCAGAGCAGUAUUUGGAAAUGUAUAGAUCAACAAUCCCAGAAAACAUCAAAAAACUUCAAACAAGUUGUGAAAUGCAACAAAAAGAAAAAGCACAGCAAGCGAGAUGCAUCAAAAUUUGAAGAUUGCAAGAGGUUAUCUGUGAUGGAAGAAGAAGGUGAUGAAGAAUAUACCAAUUCUGCUACUGACACUCCAUCCUCUCCUUUGGCGCCAAACUCUAUGAGUGAUUCCACUAAAAGCUAUACUAACAGGACAUUAGUUUGAUUGAGAUUUCAAGCCAAGAAAUUGCCUUUGAUAUGUUGUGUUCAUUGCGGAUAAUCACCUACAGUGUUCAUAAUGCAUGCUCAAAUCUACUUCAUAAAUUUAAAGGUGCAUUAUUAUUUUUUUAAGCUCCUAAUCUCUUUAUCAUUAAAGAUUAUUUAGUAAUUGUUGGUUGUUUUGAUGCAUAUCCAAACUUUUAUACCUGCCAACCUAAUUCUCCCUUUUUUUCUUAUUAUAUUGUUGAUCUUGUGCUCUUUUUAAGUUUUUGGUUUGAAACAAAAGCUUAGUUAUGUUACAAAGCUGAUUAAAGAAUUAAAGGGUUUGUAGCUUAGAAUUAAAGGGUUUGUAGGAAAAUAAUAGAAAACGCAUGUUUAAAUGUUUUUUUUUUCCAUUUCUAAAAUCUCUGCUGUAAUCAAGUUUUCCUCCAUAGUUUAAGGAAAUAAUGUUAAAUGAAGUUGCAGCAGUGUUUGAAUGCCUCGGACAUUAGAUGCUUCUUAAAAGUCCUUGCAUUCUAAUUAAAAUAAAAUUAAAAGCUACUCAAUUCCUUAUUUCAAAUUCUUUUUUCUGGAUUAUAAGUAGAAAUAGUCUGAGUUAAAAUUAUAACAUAUAUCCAAAAAAUAAAGUUUUUUUUUCUUUCAUUUACCUGUAAAAAAAUAUAUUUUUAUUAUAAAAAUAGUAAUGUAUUCAAAAUUUUUAGUACCAUAUAUUUCUGAAGGACCAUAUAUUUGUGCGACAUUUGCCCUCAUCUCAACAGCGAUACAGGCACACUUGCAGAUUCUUUGUGCCACAUAUAGAAA